AACACAUUAGUUUCGUUUUUCAUUCGACGUGAGUGGUCGCUUGCUUGCGUCGAAAUUUAUUUAUUCCGAAAUAAAUACGUAAUUGAUUAGUAUAAAAAGUGUUCCACGUUUUGAGUUUCUUCUUUUAUAUUAAUGUAAAAUGAGUGAAUACAGAGUAUUAUAUUUUGAUCGUAUGGCUUAAAAGUGUUUUGUGGUGAAAAUGAAUGGCAAAAUGCACAGUGAAACCGGCGCUUUCUCGUCUGACGGCAUGCGUGCCGAAAUAUUAAACCCUUUCGUUCACAAAUUGGAGUUAGAUAAUACAUAUGAUAAAAUAAAGACGGCGAUAUUCACAGUAAUAUUGCUUCCAUUUCGGGUGGUAGUCAUCUGUUACCUGAUAGUGACUGCCUGGUUCCUGGCUUGCAUCGGCCUCUAUGGUCUGAGCGAAGAUGAUCUCAGGCGAAAACCGAUGACUGGAUGGAGAAGCAAGCUACGUUUCUCCAUCCUCUCUCUGACGCGGCUGGUGAUUGUGGCUGCCGGCUUCCACCGCAUCAGGAUCCUGGGCAAGCAGCACCUCCCCCCGAGCCCCCGCGACGCCCCUGUGGUCGUCAUGGCUCCGCACUCCAGUUUCUUCGAUGCCAUUGCUAUUGUUGUCCUUGGCGCGCCAAGUGUGGUCGCUAAGGCCGAUACAGCGCGUCUUCCCUUCAUCGGACAACUGAUCAACUACACACAGCCGGUGUACGUGUGGCGGGAUGACCCCAACUCAAGGCAGAAUACUAUCAAGGAGAUCAUUGAGAGAGCUACUUCCAAAGAAGAUUGGCCACAGGUACUAAUCUUCCCAGAAGGCACGUGCACCAACCGGUCAUGCCUGAUCACCUUCAAACCCGGCGGGUUCUACCCAGGUGUACCGGUACAGCCGGUUAUUAUCCGGUACCCCAACGCUCGGGACACCGUCACCUGGACCUGGGAGGGACCUGGCGCUCUGAAGCUUCUAUGGCUGACGUUAACUCAAGUGCACAGCUCCUGUGAGAUCGAGUUCCUCCCCGUAUACUACCCCAACGAGGAGGAGCGACGGGACCCCAAGUUAUAUGCAAGCAAUGUCAGAAAUGUCAUGGCCGAGGCUCUCGGAGUGCCAGUAUUGGACUAUACUUACGACGACUGCAAGCUGGCGGCGCGCGCUAAGCAGCUUGGUAUUCCUGGAGCAAACGCUGUCCGGGAGAUCAGUGAGCUGAGAAGUCAACUGGGACUGGAGCAGUCGCAGCGGGAGCUGCAGCUGGCGCUGCCGCUGAGCGCGCGCUGGCUCGCGCCGCACGAGUUCGCGCGCGCGCUCGCGGUGCCGCUCGACGCCGCCGCGCAGAGACUCUUCGAUAUAUUCGUGCAGAGGUCAAGUGGCAUGGUGUAUUUCCCCGAUUACCUCCUCUGCGCGUGCUUCCUCUCUCUUCAACACGCUCCUCUGGCGGAACUCUUAUCCUACGCAUUCAAGCUGUAUGAGGACGGGAGCGGGGACGGGCUGAGCGCGCGCGCGUUCGCGGAGCUGACGUCGCGCUGCCUCGCGCUCAGCCGCGACGUGGCGCUGUCCGCGUUGGGUGUCGACCUCGCCGGCAGGGGCUACAUCACUUAUGACGAGUUCAUUUCCUACGCGCAAAAGAAAGCGGAACUGUCUUUCAUAUUCACCUGCGACACCUCCCACCACAAGCCCAAGGCGCAGUGAGGGUCGGGGCGUCACGUGGCCACUGUCUGCGGCACAGUGCCGUGUGUCGUUGAGGGAUUCGCCGCUAGAGGCGCUGCUGUGAAGUGAGGUCCGUGUCUAAGGCAAAUUGUCACUUGCCAGUAGCGCCAACUAGUGAGUGAAGAGAUGGAACUGUAUAUGACGUGAUGUGUCAAUUAGGAUUGUGUGUGUGUGUAUGUAUCUUUAUAUAUUAUUUCACAGGAUUUCAGAAGAAAUUUUGUUUUUCUCCCAGAUUUACCAAAAAUUUUGGGUCAAUCACGACUUUAGGUCUACUAAAAUUUCUAUUUAAGGAAAUCGAAUUAUUUAAUUCGAUUAGUUGACAAAAAAAAAACAGAAAUAAUUGAAACAAAAUAAUUACGUGGUUUUUUAUUUUUAAUACUCGACAUUACAUAAUGACUGUACAAAACUUAAUUAGAGAAUAAGAGAAGAAUUAUGGAAAGAGAUUUGCAUUAUUCGUAGCUUAGGCUUAUCUGCACCUUAAUUAUGCCAUUAAGUAGUAACUUAAUUCAUUCUCCUUUUGAAAAAUUAACUUUUACACCAUAUUAGGCAUUUUAGGUUUUGAAUGUAAGUUUUUAAAUUUACAACAUCGUAAUCACUCGCGUUGAGUACUUAUUAUGUACUUAUGUCGUUACGUAAAAUAAACUUGAAUUUUUAUAUAUUUAUUAAUUAGGAAUAAGCCAAGAUAGAAAAGGCACAGCCAAAUUUUGUUUAUGUACGAUUCUCAAUUUAGAAAUGAAAGUUACAUUCGUCUAUUUUCCAAAAACUCUUGAGUUGAGUGGAAAUAUGAUAAAAAAAGGUCGCUGUCUGUCUCUGUCGUUCGACUUUGAGAGUGUGAGACAACAGUAUGUAUUGUACCAAUGAUAGUUAAAUUGUCUUAUGCUGUUAUUUUUUUUUUAUUCAACUUAGAAUACAGAUCAUUAUUCGAUUCGACCUAAACUGUUUGUAUGAAGUAAAUAAAUAUAGGUAUAUUUAUUUACUUAAAGAAUAAAUUACGAUUACAUGCAAAAUCCACUUACCUAGUAGGCACUAGGUAAGUUGAUUUUGCAUGUAGCAUCUAAGCAUGUUAUAUCAUGCAGAAUACAAAUUGUAAAUAUGAACAAAAUAGCGUAUAAAAUAUGUUUCCAGGGCAAGUACAAUAUGUAAAUGGACUACAAAGUGUGUUCGUCGUGUGCUCGUUCAAAAUACUUUGCGGAAUAUUAAUUGUGGAAUUAGGUAUUGACCAUUGUCAUGGGUUUUGUACAAGGUACCCCUUGGUCUAAAUAGAAACCUUAAGGCGAUUACUCUCUGCACGCCACCUUAAAAAAAGUCUUUUAUCAAACUAUGCCACACUAGAUAAAGAAUUUUAGUAUAAAGUUGAUAAUUUCUAGUUAGUUCUUAGAAUGUAGCCACUGGAUUCCUUUUAGUCUACUGUGACCACGUUGUAUUAUAGAAAAUUACAAUAUUUUCUACUAAAAUUUUAAUGUGUGUGAGGCAUAAUCUGUUAAAAUAUAUUUUUUUAUUGUUUUUGCUUCGAAAAGAAAUUACAAUAAGAAUGUGAGGUGACUUUAAUGUGCACGGAGUAAUCGCCUUGAGAAAAUAAUUUUUCUCGUCAAAAUUUAACAGCAGCGACGCCCUCACUGGUAUAUAUGAUAUGUACCUACUGUGUUUGCAGAAAACAUGACGUAUAUACACUAUGCAAGUAUAAUAUUCUACUUGCCAUAGAAAUAGUAGGUAGGUUUGGUAGUCGAGCAAACAAUAGGGCAGAAGCCUUAGUAAAUCGAUUCUGUCAUAAUUAUGUUCAAUGUUUAUAAUAUUAUAUAUGAUAAUAUAUAAAUAAAGGUACUUAGAGAAUAAAUUGUUUCGCUGAUAUAUAUGAUAAUAUAUAAAUAAAGGUAGGUCGCUGAUUAUAUUGUGUAAAUCAAUAUUGAAAUAAAAAAUAUAACUACUAAUUGUCACUUGAUUUUAAAAUUUUUUGACCGGAAUGCAAUUGAAAAAUGAUAAUUUAUUUUGUAGGUUAGAUCACUUUUGAUAUAUAAUUUAGUAACUAGGCAAUUACUUACCGUAUGAAUGUGCAGUAAUGUGACUGUAUGUACCUAAUAAUAAAACGCAUAAUUAGAAAAUGUCGACGUCUUGCAUAAUACGCCAUUUAAAAUGUGAUAAUUUUAAGAACAACUUUGUAUUGAAGCUUGUAUAGUACAACGUAUUGUGUGAGAUUUUGUUGCGAUGUAUUUAUUAGAGAUUAUUAUUUAUUUAUUUAUUUAUUGUUGAUUUUGUAGAUUUUUUUAUUGUAAUAAUCAAGUACUAAGUAUCUACAUGUUAUGUUUAUUGUUGAUUUUAUUAAUUUAUUUAAACAACAUUUUUAUUUUGUUUUAAGUACUUAGUUAUCAUAUGUUAAUGUCUUCCUUUCAUUGAAAAACUUAAGUUUGUUUAAAAAUGUCUUCUCCUUCAGAUUAAGUAGAUACAUAACAUUAGUCAAACUAAAAAAAUGACAAUGUGUUAUUUAGGUAGGUAUUUUGGAAAAAUCAGAUAAAUUCGUGCUUGUAAAUAAAAGGUGUAAGAAUUGAAAUUCUUAAAAGAAAUAUAUGAUUACCUUGAUUGACUCUGUACACGUUUCAUACUAAAUUAAUUAUUACAAUUAAUAUAGAAUAAUAAAGAAGCUAUUAAAUAUAAGUAUAUAAUAUGUUUGCUUUAACUGAAUAAAAAGUUAAAGUUAUCCGGCAAUUAGAAUUUGAACAAAUAUAUAAGUACCUUUGGCUAACUAUUCUUACCUGCACUGCAUGUUUCGUAAUGUUUAUUUCAAAACUAUUGUCUUCCUUUUUUUGUAAAAAAAAAGUGACCAAAAAUAUAGCGGAUAUUACACAAAGCUCAUCGCAGAUGGCGCCACCAAUGAACACCGCCUGUUGCCAUGGUGAAGUCAAUAGCAAUUGUCAUCCACAGGAAGACUCAUGUCAAUGUCAAAAUACGAUGUUUACAAGUUAUUGUGUUAGUUAAAUUAUAAGGAGAUAUUUGAAAAAAUAGAAUGAAGUACUUUUGUAAUCAAAAGCAGGCACGUUCUGACGUUAAGAAAAUGUUCACAUAAUGGCAUGGCUUAAAACUGACAUGUGGUUUUAUUUACCAUGCUAUAUUUAAGCAUACUUUUAUAUAAGCUGUCAGUGUUAUUUCAAUUAUAAGUGUAAUUCGUGGUAGUAAUGAUCAUGUGUGAAUACGCUCCACGAAAUGAGUACCUGGACGCGGCGCUACAGUCGCUGACAACAACAACGUGACCAAUCUGUUAUUGAUACUUCCACACGUAGCAAGAGAUAUUGUUCUUGACGCGGACUCUUCUGUAUAUUUCCUGGUAGAUGCGGGCGUAAAAUAUUUUGUCGGGCGUAAACUCAUCUCUAUUUCUUAGUCAUUCAUUUCAUUCAUUCAUUUUAUUUAUUAGUCAUUAUUGAUACGAAAAUUUGUAAUAAUCACACGCCAAUGUCUCUGUCUUCUGAAAAUUUAUAGAAUAUAUUUCCCCUUCCAUCAUUGUUAGUCAGUUGUCAACUACAUUUAUUUACUUUAUUAGAAAUUAUGUUGAUUUCUUAUUAGACAUUCCCUUGUUAAGUAUAUUACACUAAGUAUUUAUACUUUAUUAGUAUUCGUUCGAAAUAAAAAUGAUUUA